AUGCCAACUGACUCAAGGAGAUGGUACUCUAGCGACGGCUGGGUGCGCGCGACCGAUCUUUACGAAGUCAUCAUGGAACCGCAGAAGCUUCCGAUCUCGACCUACAGCCGAGGUCGUCUCGGGAGAUUUAUCGACAUUAGCCGCCUCAAGACGUUUAGAUGCAUUAUCGACGAGUCCAACGCUCAGUCUCUGGCCGCUACUGAGCAUUUAAUGUUUGCGCUCGAUCAACACCAAAAAGUCCCAGCUCGGACCACCCUCAAGCUAGAGAGAGACCGAAAAUGCAUGUGGGAUAUGCUGGAUCAUCAUGGAAACCACAACAGUUCCAAUACUCUCGAGUACCUUGGACUCACCGCACACCACAUUUACCUGGAUUUUGCUGUUCGGUACAGGCUAGAGGUGUGCGUCACCAGAGGUUAUCUCAGGGAAUACGCCGUCGAUGCUUCAUUUCUGGAAAAGCUGGCAGCCUUGGAUGCUACAGUAGCAUGCAAGAUUCUGGAAUACGUUGCUGAUAACGAAAUGCAAAUCGAAGAUCCUCUUCAAAUUCUUGAGGACGCGCAGUUUCGCUGCGCCCCCUUGAAGCGGCGCAUUCCGCACUACUGCUCGCUUGUUCUCAAGGCUAAUCUCACGCCGACAUCACUGAAGCUGAAUCUUCCGAAUGUCGAAAGCUCAAACCGGGUCAUGCGCAAGUACAACAACCUGCAAGACAGAUUUCUCCGCGUGCAGUUUCUUUCUGAAACAGAGUCUGACCGCAUUGCAAAAGACCGCUACAACAAUGAUGAUGUCUGGAAACGUCUACUGCGUGUUCUAUACAAAGGUAUCCGCAUCGGAGAUCGCACGUACGAGUUUCUGGCAUUUGGAAAUUCGCAGCUACGCGAAGGUAGCGUGACAUUUUUCUGUCCUACAGCGCAUGUGUCGUGCGAUGACAUUCGCAAGUGGCUGGGCAACUUUGACCAUAUUCGAAAUAUUGCCAAAUUUGGCGCUCGCAUUGGACAGUGCUUCUCGACCACUCGAGAGGUGCGUGGUGUUCGCGUGCCCACCAUUCGUCACAUUGACGACAUUGAAGUCAACGGCGAGUGCUUCAGUGAUGGUGUGGGCAUCAUCUCGGGCUUUCUCGCCAAGCUGGUUGUUGAUGAGAUGAAACUGGAUGUAGUUGGGAAUCCAUCCGCCUUUCAAUUUCGUAUGGGUGGUGCCAAGGGAGUCCUCGCAGUGUGGCCGCGCGAAUAUGCGAAGCAUAUGGAGGUCUGUCUGCGAAAGUCCCAAAUCAAGUUCAACACCAAGGCAAACACGCUUGAGAUCAUCAAGUGUGCCAAGACCACGACCGCGACUCUCAAUCGCCUGAUCAUUACCAUUCUCGAGUACCUCGGAGUACCUGCCGAGGCAUUCAUGUCGCUUUUGAACCACCAGAUUGGGCAGUACGACGAGGCAAUGACAAGCCGCACUACGGCUAUUGAUCUUUUGACAAAAUUCGUCGACGAGAACCAGGCGACAGUUAUCGUGGCCGACAUUCUCAAGGCCGGCUUUCAGGAUCCUUUUGUGAAGAACAGUCUCAAGCUCUGGCGAGCUUGGACUUUGAAGCUUAUGAAAGAGAAAUGCAGAAUUCACGUCGAGAAGAGUGCCUUUGUCAUGGGGUGUGUUGACGAGACGGGCACAUUGCAAGGGCAUUCCACCGAGACAGAAGGGUCCAAGGCAAAGGACUAUUCAAGCCUUCCUCAAAUCUUUCUUCAAAUCAGCGAUGGAACGUACCAAAACAAGACGAGAAUCAUCAAAGGCCUUUGCGUCAUCGGUCGCAAUCCAGCCCUUCACGCCGGAGACAUUCGCGUUGUACAAGCGGUCGAUAUCCCAGCUCUGCGGCAUCUGAAGGAUGUUGUCGUGUUCCCGUCUAAAGGUGACCGGUCGCUUCCCAGCAUGCUGUCCGGAGGUGACCUGGACGGUGACGAGUAUUUCGUCUUUUGGGACCCCAUCCUGAUGCCGAAAAUCUGGAACACGCCGCCGAUGCACUCUGCGCCAGUCACCCCACAGGACUUGGACAGAGAUGUCGAGGUCAAUGACUUGCGCAACUUUGUCGUCAAGUACAUGAAGAACGACUUCCUGGGGCUCAUUGCCGUGUCGCAUCUCGCACAUGCGGAUAAACGGGGCUUGAACUCUUCUAUAUGCUUGCAACUCGCUGAGCUUCACUCGCAGGCCGUCGACUACCCCAAAACAGGCAUACCAGCAGAAUGGAGCCGCGCCAAAUACCAGCCAAGAAAAUGGCCACAUUUUAUGCAGAAAAACAGCAACACGUACCCUUCCCGCAAGGCGCUCGGAAUCCUAUACGACCGAGUGGUAGCUGAGAACUACGACUACAUCCCCAGCUGCGAAGACGAAUUUGAUUCGAGAAUCACAGAGAAUUUCUCCUUUACCGAAGAAGCCCUGGCCAAUGCAAGGAAUAUGAAGGCGCAGUACGAUGUCGCUGUAAGACGUCUGCUGAAGCAGUUCCGCGUCGCGACUGAAUUUGAGCUCUACUCUGGCUGGGCCAUGUCCAAGCCAGCGGUCGGCUCGGACUACAAGCGCCAGGAGGAUCUGGGGCAGCAAUUCGACACGCUCAAGCAGCGGUUCCGCGAAAUGUGCAUCGAGACCGCAGGAGAAGCGGCCGGUGGGAACCUAGAUGAGCUUGUGGCAGCCAUCUACAAGGUGACGGAAGACGAGGUCAAGGGUUUCCUGGCCGAGGCAGAGGCCGACGGGGAGAAUUUGGAAUUUUCGCCCAGGGCCAUGCCGCUGAUAAGCUUUCCGUGGAUAUUCCACUGGAUCCUGGUCAGGAUUGCCAACGGCGACCAGUACAAGCCCCUAGAGACGUCUCUGGCGCCCGCUGCUCGCCUUGCGCCACUGACGACGGCCGCAACACGUUGUGAAGCAGAUGACGAGGUUCCGAAGGAGGUCGAUGGGCUGAAGGUUUCGCAGUCUGGAAGAUCCGACGAAGAAGCAAGAGAGAUUGCUAAUUUUGACGGAGAAGUCGAUCUCAUUGAUUUUGAUGCCGAUGUCGUGGAAAGCAAGCCAGAGAGGAGCGUGGAUGCGCAGAAGAGUAAUGAUGCUCCCGAAGAGGCGGCCGAGUCGAGCUGUGACGCUCCCGAAGAGGCAGCCGAUGGUACCGAGUCACUGCUGCAGACUUCAAGGAAUUCCGAGAUGACACCAAGCAAGUCCGGCUCAGAACCGCAUUCGACGCAUUUCGUCGCGUCCAGCAAGGAAGACUCUCCAGGUAUCGUCAACGUGCCAAGCAGCGCAGCGCCGAUUUCGCGGCAUUUGGAGUAUAGAGAGUCGAGCAUGGACCAGCUGCUGCGUCUGUACGAGGACUCUGACGAGGAUUGA